AAACAGUAUGUUUUCUAUCCGGCCAUCCAUUUGAAAGUAACAACUGUCAUUGUGAUCAUCAAAUCGUUAAAAUAACUAAUAACAAAUAAUAAAGAAGACUUAUUAAUAGAAAAAUGUAUUUUAAAUUCUACUUAUGUAUAAUAUCAACACUAACAACCUCUUUGCCAAUCAGUAAAUCUCAAUCUGAAAACUCCAGUAAAAUAUACCACUCAUUACUAAAGCCUAUACCUCGAAGCUUAUCAACCAUAAAUUAUCGUAAAAAUAGUUUUCAAAACUCUUUUGGCAUAUCAGGAAAUAUUGGAGUUGGAUUACAUUUUGGAGGGGGCUAUAGAAUUAAUAAUAAAAAUGGAAAUGAGAAUGAACAAAUAGUUCAUAACAGAAUAUAUGAUAAAUAUUUAGGUACUAGCUUUGGUUUUGGUUCGAUGAGUGGUUUCAAAAAAAAAUAUGAAAAUGAUGUUGAUCAAGGUCAAACUACAAAUCAGCAUUACACUGAACAUGAUCAACAAGAACAACAAAAUGAAAUAGUGCCAGAAAUUAAUAAUGAUAGUUCUAUAAUAAUAACUACAACUACAACUACAACUACUGCUAGACCAAACAGUGUCUUCAGAAAAAUUUCUACAUAUUGGUCAGGUGACCCUAAAAGUGAAUCUUCAAAUGGAGUUUUGAAGUGGAGUAAAAUUAAAUUGAAAAAUAAGAGCCCUGUGGGUACACCAAGAUAGUUCUAAUAAAUUUUAUAAUGUUUUGGAAAAAAAUGAUGAAAACAUAUAAUUUAAUAAAAAUUUUACUUACUAG